AUGGUUUAUGGUGAAUUUUUCCGCAGACCUGGCAAAGAUGCAGAACUUAUCAAUUUGAAUGUGGGUGGCUUUAAGCAAUCUGUGGAUCAAAGCACCUUGCUCCGAUUUCCCCAUACCAGACUCGGAAAACUUCUCAAGUGCCAUUCAGAAGAGGCUAUUCUAGAGCUGUGUGAUGAUUAUAGUGUGGCAGACAAGGAAUAUUACUUUGACAGGAAUCCUUCCUUGUUCCGAUAUGUUCUGAACUUUUACUAUACAGGCAAACUUCACGUUAUGGAAGAGCUUUGUGUCUUUUCCUUCUGCCAGGAAAUAGAAUACUGGGGGAUAAAUGAGCUGUUUAUUGAUUCCUGCUGCAGCAAUCGGUACCAAGAACGGAAAGAGGAAGGUCCUGAAAAAGACUGGGAUCAGAAGAGCAACGAUAGUAUGGACUCCUCCAAUGAAGAGUCAUCCAUAUUUGAUAAAGAGCUAGAAAAGUUUGAUAAUCUGUGUUUUGGUGAAAUAAGAAAGAAGAUCUGGGUCAGGAUGGAAAAUCCUGCAUACUGCUUGUCUGCCAAGUUAAUUGCCGUGUCAUCCCUGAGUGUUGUUCUGGCAUCAAUUGUGGCCAUGUGCAUUCAUAGCAUGCCAGAAUUUCAAAGGCUGGAUGCCAAUGACAGGGAGAUUGGAGACCCUGUGCUGGAAGCUGUGGAGAUUACAUGCAUCAUCUGGUUUACUGCUGAGCUAGUGAUCAGGCUCUUAACUGCUCCAAGUCAAAAGAAGUUCUGGAAGAAACCACUGAACAUCAUUGAUUUUGUAUCUAUUAUCCCAUUUUAUGCCACAUUGGCUGUGGACACGAAGGAAGAAGAAAGUGAAGAUAUUGAAAACAUGGGGAAAGUAGUUCAGAUCCUGCGGUUAAUGAGGAUAUUUCGCAUCCUGAAACUGGCCAGGCACUCCGUAGGACUGCGGUCUUUAGGAGCCACUUUGAGACACAGCUACCAAGAAGUUGGACUUCUGCUUCUGUUUUUGUCAGUUGGGAUUUCUAUUUUUUCAGUGCUUGUCUACUCAGUGGAGAAAGAUGACGACUCAUCAGAGCUGCAGAGCAUCCCUAUUUGCUGGUGGUGGGCAACCAUCAGCAUGACCACUGUUGGUUAUGGGGACACUUACCCAGUCACACUUGCUGGAAAGCUGCUCGGCACCCUCUGCAUUAUCUGUGGGAUACUGGUGGUAGCACUUCCAAUCACCAUUAUUUUCAAUAAGUUUUCUAAGUACUACCAAAAGCAAAAAGCUAUUGAUAGAGACCAGUGCAACAAUGAUCGCAAAGAGAAAAGCAAUGACCUACCCUAUUUUAACAUUAGGGAUAUUUAUGCAAAAAAGAUGCACUCCUUCAUUUCUAGCCUUUCUUCAGUAGGAAUUGUAGUCAGCGACAAAGAUUCAACAGAUGCCUCCAGUAUCCAAGAUAUGGAGGAUGUUCAUAACACAGUAGCUUUAGAGAAUGGUACAGGGAAAUGAGUUGAAUCACGUUUGCUUCUCUUUAUUUCUCUUCUGAUUCUUGGUAAAUGUGGACUGACAAACUUCAGCGAAUUCAUUAAGAGCAGUCGAUUCUCAGGGUACUUAACUCUCAGCCAUAUUUGGACAUUCUUUGCUCUGAGGAUGCCAUAAAAGCUUCAUUGUUUAUAUGAGGCUUUAAAAUAUGCCUCAUAUAGUAGUUUAGUUUUUUACACUACUAGCGUUACGCAUUUUUGGGGACAAAAAGUUGGGAAAAGAGUUUUACAUGUGAGAUAAGUGGGGUUUUUUUUGUUUUCAUGGGUAUUGUUUGAUUUGUUCAUUGUUUUUUCCCCUGCAGCAGUCUCAUAUCUUACACAGAAUUUGCUUUUAUAAUUUGCUGCUCUUCAGGUACAGAUGUAUUAAAAAUGUGUAAGAACUAUUGCACAAGUUAGUGAAGUUUUCACCUGCAAAUACAUUAGAUAAAUGAAGGAAUUGUGUACAUGUAAAACUGUGCUCGCUAACAUAUUUAUGUAAUUUUAGAGUUGGGAACCCGUUUUCCAAGUUGGGGCAGAAAAUAUAUUGGUACAUAUUGUUUUUACUCCAUGGAAGCAUAUUUAUUAAUUUCUUUCCAA